CAUAGUACUUGCACGCACGCACGCAGACACAAGGAUGGCAAGAGCUGGCGCCACGAAUGCUGCCGCGGCAGCGCUCCUGCUGGUCCUAGUGACCGUCGCCACCGCCGUCGACGCGGCCGCCGGUAAUCAGAUGACUGCGACCGCUGCUGCUGCUGUCGGUGGUCGCCGCGGUGGCGGCCGGGCUCAGCCGGCGGGGCUGACGCAGUGCGUGGCCGGGUGCGGCGACACGGCCACGUCCUGCCUCCUCGACUGCUACGAGAAGCCGCCCGCCGGGAAGCUGCUGCCCGUCUGCCUCCUUGACUGCACCAACGCCGCCAUGUUCUGCGCCACCGACUGCUCCACCAAGAACCUCAACUAGCUAAUUAACCCAUCGAUUAAUACAUCCGGCUAAUGAUGAACUAUAUGUAGCUUCGGUCGUACGUAUAGCCGUACCAUCUUAUAAGCAACCAGUUAUACAAAUCAUCCACACGCAAGGACAUACUACAUAAUCUGGUCCUCGACUACUAUGUCACAGCUGCAUUUCAUCAAGACACUAGCUUGUACGCAUGGUAUUGUGAUGGAAUGUAAGCGAUGUUAAUUUACGACAGUUAUUCAGUGA